UCAGUCUUUUUAUACGGAAACGAAAGGAACAGAAAAACAAUCAACUAGCAAUGUGAGAUUGUUUUGCAGUGUAGGUGAAAUCAAUUCCCAAGCAGAACCCUGAUGUGAAAACACCAUCAAGCAACUGGACAGAUUCAUCAUGGACAGUAAAUCUCCUCAGGGAUCUUCCAGUGGACAUUCAGAGCUCAGAAUUGUGCUCGUAGACAAAUACACAGAAGAUGAUAAGAAUAAAGUGCUCAAAUCCAUCCUGAACUGUGAGAAUCUGACAGGAGAGAGAGUUGGUUUGUGUAAGUUGUAUAAGAGCGAACAUGCAGGAAGGAAAAUCAGUGUUGUUGAAGCACCAGGAUGGCAGAGAGACUCAACACCAGACAGCAUGAAGGAAGAAAUGGUCAGAAGUGUCUCUUAUUGUCCUCCAGGACCACACGUUCUGCUCCUGGUCAUCCCUGUGAAAGCUCUCUGUGAGGAACCUUCAGCUGGGGAGAUGAAAAGCGCAGAGAUGCACAUAGAGUUGCUGUCUGAACGCGCCUGGAAACACACUGUGGUGCUGUUUGACUGUGAUGAUGGACUAGAGGAGUCAGCCCUCAGAGAACACAUGCGCAGUGCCGAGAAAAUCCUGGAGAAGUGUGGAGGACGGUAUUAUGUUCUCCAGAAGAGCUGCUCUCAGAUACAGGAACUCCUGAAGAAGAUUGAUAAGCUGCUGGAGGAGAAUAAAGGAGGCGUCUUCAUCCUACAACAUUACUAUGAACUGAUUCAGAAGGAGAAUGAUGAACGAGAAGUCAGACAGAGACGUGGAAGUUUGUUAAAGAAUCCUCCAAAUUUGAGUCAAAAUCAGGGGGAUUCAGAGAAGAAAGAAACCGUAGAUGCUGCCAAAAAUACUCGUUUGGAAGAUGUGGCCAAAAUCAGCAUGGACUUCAGGCAGUUUGCAGUAAUAUUGAUGUGUGUAGUCUGCGCACUUCUGGGUUCAGUUGCUGGAGCUCAGAAUGGGGUUUUGGGGUCUUUCACUGGAAUAGUCUUUGGUAUCAUUGUUGGAGUUUUGCUUGCAAAUGUCACCCUGUACAUUCACACUAACUUUUAUUCACGUGUUAAUUCAAAACAAACCACAUAAGUCUACACAUACCACAUCGUACGCGAUGCACUUUGUUCUCCACUGAUUUUUACCUUUUUUAUUUAUGUACUUGUAGUAUAUUUGUUUUGCAUUUUAUACACUGCAAGCAAAAUAAUCUUGUUUUUUCCUUUUGCAUACCCCAUUGGGAGAUUAUUUUGCUUGUUUUAAGAAAAAUCUCACUUUAUUUUGACAUUUAUUUGUAAAAACAAGACAAUAUUUUUGACAAUUGUUUGCUUGUCUAUAGAAAAUGCUUCUUGAUUUAAAAUAUUGUAGAUAUUUGGAUUAGAAACAAGACAAAAGUUAAGUAAGAAAAGGACUUUUUGCUGUGUAUACUACAUUAUAUUUAUUCAUACUUUAUACACUCUGUAUUUCCUAUUAUUUAUACCACAUUCAUCUUAAAGUGUUAGUUUUGACAUGAUUGCUGUGGUCAUGCCACAUUUAUACAGCUUUAAGAAGCAUCGCAAGAAAUUAAAAAGUGUUUGUUUUGGA